AUGCGUUCCUUGCUAUCACGAUUUUCGACAACCUCCCUUCCACCAAGUCAACAUUCAAGGUUUGACGACACUUGGCUUCAGCGUGCCAGCAUGUGCAAGUGGAUGUGGUGCGGCAACCUGGUUCAAUCGUCGAUGCAUGCGAGGGUGACGUCAGCAAAGCGCGACUGGCAUCAAAUGUACUCGGUAACAACCAUGGAGAAGCAGGGUGCUAUAUUUCACAUUCUUAUUGUCAAUCGGGAGGCGUUUCACGUUAGGAUAUUGGCAACUCCUAUGGAGAUGUAG